UAGCGUAAUAAACACUCCUGGCCGAAUCCUCGGUCUCCGACGCUCUCUCCUCGCCGCUCUCGCCGCGGGCGAACGAGGUCCGCUUCGCCCUUCCCACCGAAUCCAAAAUUCUGUUGUAAUUUGAUUCCCAUAGUUCAGCAGCUGCUUUCCUUCAGAAACAAAAGUACAAGUAUCAGGGAAACAGUUAAUCUUUUGGAUGCUACUUCUUAGUUCUUUGAGCUCUCUGCUAUGCGUCUUGCUGGAAAAGUAGUGCUAAAAAAGUUAUAAAUGAAUCUUAUUCCUGUGCAUUUAGUUCAAAAUUGCAAAGAAGAGAGAGAGAGAGAAGGCUGUAUCAAAUUCUGAAGAACGAGCUAAAGAAUCUGGACCUGAAUGUGCAUCUGAAAGUGUUGUAUCAAUCAAUUCCUUCUGCAGUCCUUUGCAGCAACCAUCCUUCACUUUGGAGAAUCAAGCUGUAUUGGGAAAGAGAAAAAUAGUGCCUGAAGACAAUCCAAAGUCUUAAGGACUGUGACGAGUACUCUAGCAACAAAAUAAACAUGGUGCCUGAGAAAUCUGAUACAAGAUCUGCCAUAACAGGUGUAUCCAAAGGGGCCGCACUAGGAAUUUGGGAUGCCAAAGAUGAAGGUACAUGUGAGAAAAUGGAUUCCACCAAGACUAGGGAGUGUGCUAUUACUUUGAAGGUGCUGAUGAAUCAUCCUGUUGGCUGGGUCUUUAACCAACCUGUGGAUCCAGUGAAACUAAAAAUUCCAGAUUAUUUUUCUAUUAUCUCCAAGCCAAUGGACUUGGGUACAAUAAAACAUAGACUUGGAAGCAAGCAGUAUUUGAGCACUUCACAAUUUGCAGCAGAUGUAAGACUGACAUUUUCUAAUGCAAUGCGGUAUAAUCCACCUGGAAAUGAGGUUCAUAUCAUGGCUAAGAAAUUAAACAAGAUGUUCAAUGUGAAAUGGAAAUUAUUGGAAGCAAAGUGGAAAAAAGAAAGUAUGGAUAUUCCACUAUCAGUGACAAGUAUCAUGGAGAGAAAGCAAGAUCUCCAGAAAAGGUCCAGCACAAUUUCUUUUUUGAAAAGGACCAUGACAUCUGCAGAGAAACUUAAGUUGAAAAAAGAAAUAUCAAAAUUAUCAGUAAAAGAAGUGCCACCUCGUUUGCUUACUCUCCUUCGAAGCAAACAUAUAAUCAAACAAGUUAGAGACUUAGGUGAGGUAGACGUUGAUCUGUUUGAUGAAGGGACUUUAUGGGAGCUUUAUCAAGCUACAAAGAGUUGUUUUGAUGCAACUGAGAUGAAGAAAUGUGCCGGUCGACCACCGCAAGAUUCUUACAAAGGCACACAUGAUGCUGUACCUCAAGCUAAUCUUGUUGAUAAGCCCAUGAGCCCUUCAGCCUGCAAGAGAUGUGUAAACAGGCCCACCUGCAAUCCUUGUAAUCACUUCAGUCGACCAUCAUCAAGCGAACUUGGUUCAGAAAGACCUUCAGGAGGGCAUUUCUUUCCUCAUUCACCUACAUAUGAUGUAGAUUGUAGAAGAACAUCAAUAGGUGUUGAUCUCAGAAAGAAAGAUACUGUACACUCCCAUCCUCUUCCUUUAACUACACCUGACAUUGGUUUUCCUUAUGAGGAACAAUGGUCGCCAAGCAAAGCUCUGCGUGCUGCAUCAUUGAGGAGCCGUUUUGCAGACACUAUUCUGAAAGCUCAGCAUCAGUCACUUGGUGAAAAGGUGGACCCAGUUAAGUUGCAACAAGAAAGAGAGGAGAUAGAAAAGCUACAGCAACAAGAGAAAGCCAGGAUCAAGGCAAAAAUUAAAGCCGCCGAAUUCGCAGCAAAAAUGAAGGCAGAAGCCAAAGUGAAAUCUCAAAGAGAAGCAGCACGCUUGGCCUUGCAAAAGAUGGAGAAGACUGUUCAGAUCGAUAACAGUCAUUUACUACAAGAUUUAGAAAAAUUUGGCUGGUAUCUACCGCGCCUGUCUGAUAUGCCUCACGAGAAGUCCUACAAUUUCGUUCUUGAUCGUGAAGUACCGCCGCCUUGUCAUUCGAAUCCAUUGGAGCAGCUGGGCUUGUUUAUGAAGAAGGAUGACAUUGACGAGGUCGAUGACUGGAUCUCGGAAACUGCAAUUGCCGAUGUAGAGGAAGGAGAAAUAUAUUUCGGAUAGUUGGUAACAAAUGAGAGCUCUCUUUUAUUUUUUGAUAGAAAAUAAUAUGGCCAUACAUUUAUUUCUUUUUAGAAGAAUGCUCUACUGGUCAGGUGAAAAGGGAAGGAAGUGCUGUCAUUUAGGGCGACUAUGAUUUUAUUUUUUGGAGGUUACACGUUCGGUUGUCUUCGUCGUCACCAUUGAUAAUGCUUUGAAAAGGCUUAAUUUCAAGGUGA